AUGACUGAACUCGUCGGCAAUUGGCUCCACUUCAGUGCUCGACAGCCGAAACGAAAGCGCGCUGAAGUUGUUUGUUUCUUUUGCCAUUCUAAGAAGAUCAAGUGCGAUUUGCAGGCUGAGUGUGGCACUGAAUGCGAUACUAUUGUCGCCGCAGGCGAAGAUGUGGGCGAGAGCAACCCAGAACCGCCUGAUGCAACAGAAAUCGAUUUUGACGAUAAUGUAAUUGACCCAGGCAUGGGUGACACGCCAGCGCCAGUGCAAGCGACACCAAUUCACGUCGCGUUCAACAUACCAUCAACUGAGCGCGCUCCCGAUGCUGCGAUCAAUCACCCGACCAAGUCAAGCACGUCGCCAACAGAAGGCGCUGGUCGCAGUCAUGCUGGAGAUGUUGAUACCGGCUUCCUUCAGAUCUACGGACCUGAGAAUCAGCUUGAAGCAGAGCAGCAGGAACUCGUCGCCAAUCUCGAGCUUCGCAAUCCGGCGUCGGACCCUCGGCAACAAGAACUGCAGCAGAGCUUCUCAGAAACAUACUUUGAGUACUGCUAUCCAUGGUGUCCUGUCCUCGAUCACGAUACGCUCGACUCUGAGCUUGCGCGAUCACCUAUGCUUGCGAAUGCCCUUGCGCUCGCUGCGAGUCACAUUCAACCGCCUUUGAUACCCCACCAAGGACCGGCUGCGUAUUAUGAGAAAGCGCGGAUAAUGUUUUACAUGGAUGAAGAACCGGACAUACUCACGUCUCUAAAGGCUGUCUCCCUAUUCUACUGGUGGGCACCUCGUUCACCCGCGACGGCACAUCGGCAUGCAAGCUGGUGGUGGACCAGCGUUAUAAUACGACAUGCACAGCAGAUGAACAUUCACCGUGAGCCGAAACAGGGGAGCGUGGCUUCGAGCGCACUUCACCUGAGUUUGCGGCGGCGAUUAUGGUGGACUGUCUUUGCACGAGAGCGAUUAACGUCUCUUUGCCAAAGCAAACCGUGCAUCAUAAACCCUGAAGACAUGACGAUCCAAGAAGUCCAACCGUCAGAUUUCCCGAGCGAUCCGGCGUCACAGAAGAAAGGUCGAAUAUUCAAGCACUGGGUUCGCCUUGCCGGUAUAAUGGGCAAAGUGUCCCAGGCACUAUCCAAGUCAGUGGACUCGCCUCCGGAAACGGCGACUUUUCCUACAGAGCUUAGACAAGAGCUCGUCGCGUGGGUCCAAUCGCUACCUCCAGAUCUUCAGCUACCGAUUGGUUCGAGUCGAACAGAAGGCUUCGACAGGGAUGUUCAUCAAUUGCAUCUCCCAUACCUGACAACGAUUAUUGUGAUGCAUUUACAAAGGACAACACCAGACCUGCCGCAAGCUCUGCCACCCGCCAUCUUAGCGGCCUCAUGUAUCGCAAGAAUUCUCAGAGACAUCUUGUCGCGCGGCAAUGCGCGAUUUCUCAUGGCGAUUACCUGCUGGUAUUCCGGCACAGCAUUUAUCGCGUUGUUACAAGCAAGCCGGAUCAAGCAAUUCUCUCAAGAAGCAGAAGAGGGCCUGGACAUUCUGGACCAAGCAGUCGGACAGCUCCAGCAAAUGUGGGCUUCUGCAAAUAUUAUACGACAAGGCUUCGAACGACUACGGGCCCUACCUCGAAGUAUGAUGCAUGCUGGUAAAGGCAGAGCGGCAGGGUCCAAUGGCUCUGGGGACGCACCGUCGAGUGACUUUGACUGGAAGCUUCUGUUUCCGUUUGUGACGAGAUCCACGAGUCGGAUUGCGGAUUGUUUGCUUGCUGAUGAUGAGUUUGGAACUACGGCGACCGCACUACCAUCGCCCGAGAAUGCAGUGUUUCAUGAAGACCUGCUCAAUCGGUAUCAUGAUUUGCUUGAGCCGUUUGUUGAUUACAACUUUGACUUUUCAAAUAUUAAUCUUGAUAUCCUAUAG